UCCUCUUCCGACUCCGCCUUCGCCCCUUCGAACUCGGGGCUUGACGCCCACGCCGCUGCAAGGGGCGCAAGGAGGAACCUCUGAGGUGCAUAUUAGGGAAAGAUCUGCUUCUCCUCAAGGCCUUGAAAUCCCAGAUCCCGACGGGUCGGGGCGCCUCUGGAAGUCGCCGCGCUUCGCUUUGCAUAACAAUACACAGCUUUGCAUAACCAACGCCGACCGGCAUUUAAAGGCGUCGCCGCGGCCCCAGACCUUGUAGUUACCUUCGCGCGAGCCCACCUUCUGCAAUGAUGUCCCAGAUUCGGGCUCCGCUCCUGAUCUUCCUGGGCUUGCUUCUCGCUGGCCUUGAGGCCCUCCCAAAGGCUCCAAUGAAACGGGCAUUCCGGAUCAGCAGCUUUUCCUGGGAGAACUGUGACGACGGGAAGGACCCUGUGCUGAUCAAAAGCCUGAAUGUGGAACCUAACCCCAUUGUAGAGCCUGGGAAUGUGACUGUGAGUGCUGAGACCCAGACAAGUGUCGCCCUCAAUUCUCCUCUGAAGGUGGACUUAACUGUGCAGAAGGAAAUGGCUGGCUUCUGGGUCAAAGUCCCAUGUGUAGAACAAGUUGGUAGCUGCACCUAUGAGGACAUCUGUAACGUAUUUGACAUUUUCCUUCCCCCUGGAGAGCCCUGUCCAGAGCCCCUGCACACCUAUGGGCUUCCCUGCCACUGUCCCUUCAAAGAGGGCAAAUACUCACUGCCCAAGAGUGUUAUCACCAUACCCCACCUGGACCUGCCCAGCUGGCUCAGUACCGGAAACUACCGCAUCCAGAAUAUCCUAAGCAGCGGCAAGAAACAUCUGGGCUGUUUCAAGAUCGAUGUCUCUCUAGAGGCCAUUAAUGUGGCACCAGCUGCAGCAGAAUGAAGGCCUGUGAGGAAGGUGUCCCUCCUCCUCUGUCUUGCAUUUGUCAAAGCCAAAUUCUGAUUUUCUGUCCCCCUUCAAGCCCCUUUCUCCAGUGAUGCUACUACCCUCCUGAAAGUCAUUUUGUGCCACUUACAUUUUAGGUGUGGGCAAGCAGCCCUAACCUAAGGUGGGGUGAUCCUGGCAGUUCUUGAUGGCUCAGGACAUCUACAGGGCUGGCCACUUCAUUCUCCUCUUCACCCCUAUGGCUUUCUCUCUAAGAGCUUAACUUAUUUUCCAAACAGUCAAGGAAGAGAAUGAACAUGUUUUGUUACCCCAAGUUCAGACUAACCCAGUCUUGCUCUCCUGAAGUACCUUGAAUGAUUUUUCUCAUUAAAAUUUUUUUUUUUUUAUCACUAACUUAAAAGCAGAGUGAGAGUAUUAUCAGUUUUCAUUUUACUCCACCCCCUCGGACAAUCAAGGGCCUGAACUAGUAGAACUCAGUCUGUUCCUCCAUUAACAUCUGCGAUUAGUUUGAGUAGUCUUCUAGAUUUACCCAUUUAACAGUGGGUCACAGUGUAUCCUGGAGAGGCAGGGUGUGGGGUGGGGGGGUCUUUCAUGGGAGAGAGAUUUAAGAAUGCUCUACGUAUUGAAGAUAGUUGACAACCUCAGGUGCCUGCAGGGCCAAGUACAAGACAUAAAUGAGUGACCAUAAGGAAGACAAACAGCCCAUAUGCAUUGAUGUGAGGCAGCCAAUGCCCAGUCUGGAGUUGGGGAUAUAAUCAGGGAUGAUGGGGACUGGGUGAGUUGGAAAGGGCACUGCUGUCUGGACAUAGCCAGUUAGUGCCAUGUGAGAAUGUUGGGGGCCCAGUUUGCCAGAUAUUUUCAAUUUUUUUCCCUUAGAGAUGCUGGAAAUCCAGACUUUUACACGGAAUCUUACAAUGUUUAGAUAUUGGCAAGCAAUUAUUUUUU